AUGACAUCUCUGUCACUAAGCCCAACAUCAUCCAUGAAUUCCGGCCACGGAAAUACUGCUAACUUGUUGCGUGAUUCAAUAAACCAAAUCGGUGACGACGCUGGUGGUGGAAAUUGCAAGUUGUGUGAUACCACAAACUCUAUCAAAGAUACCAAAACAUUAGACAAAGCUUUGCUUCCCCAGAAAGCUCCAGUUAUAUCACUCACCUCCUCGACCACCUUGCGGCAAAUCCUGUCUGACGAAUUUUCGCCACCUUCUCCGAAGACGCCUUCUAUCUUAAGUCGCCGCAAUUCACUGAGCAGAGCUAAAAAGAAAGCAAAUCACGUUGCUUUCGGGCUUGUUGAUCUCUAUCACUUUGAUCGUUUACAGGGUUUUACUUGCGUACCUAGUCAGGGUGGAUCCACUUUGGGCAUGGCAAGUGAGCAUUGGGUGAAAGAACACGUACCAGUAGCAGUACACCAAAGUCGACGCAGGUACCAACGCCACUCGGCACUGCUGCGUUUUUGUCUGGAGGGAAAGCUUCUCUUAUCUCUCCAACAGUUUCGAUUACUUGAAACUCGCGUUAAGUACCAGCAGCAACUACUUAUGCGGACACAAGAGUCCGCGGAUUGCAGUAGCACCAAUAGCAGUGGCAACUCUUAUUCUGCCGAAUCUAGUGCUGAGUGUUUGAAACGACCGUUAGAACAAAUAGAAAACCCAAGUGAUGAAGACUUGAGUUUUUUGGAUGGUCUUGAGGAGUACUACUUUCUUCAGCCCCUCCCUGUUAAGCGACGUCGGAUUUUGUUGAGAAAGGCAGGCCUCCAAAAAAUCGACCCAGCUGAGAAGCACGAGUGUGCUGCAAUUCGGAAAAGUCGUUCCGAGUGUGGUUGUACGUGCCUCGCGGGAGUCUGCGAUCCUGACACGUGCGAAUGUGCGCUCAACGGCAUUCCCUGUCAGGUUGACCGCGCCAGCUUCCCGUGUGUAUGUCUGAGUCCAGGCCACUGCUCGAAUCCCGAAGGACGCAUUGAAUUCAACCCCGUGCGAGUGCGCAGUCACUAUCUUCACACCCGCCUACGCCUCGAAUCCGAGGAACAAAGGGCAGCACUGGAGGAGGAUGAAGAGGCCGCGUCAGCUUGCGCCAAGCGACCACGGAUGGCCGAAACACCUGAGCACCUGGACGGUGCCAACACCAGCAACGCGUCACUGGAGAAGCAUCGUGAAAUGGCCAACGUAUUUGGAGCAGGCCAGAACGCCUCAUCGAUGUCGUCGCCUACCACUAGCGCUUCGGUUAGCUCUCGGAUUGUUGAGGAGGCUUUGCAAGCAACAACGCCAAACGGGGGUUGCCGUGACUGUCAGAAUGAUCGAUAUGUGCACUUUCUGAUGCAGGAACUGCAAUGUCAGCAGUUCCAAGGAAACCCUGGCCAUGGAGAUGGUGAGGAAGAGAUGGGUGGUUUUGAGCAGGUGAUGCUAUCAGACAAUCUGGCGCUUGAUGCAACUGUCUAUUCACAUCGGGCUGACGAGGAUAAUUCUUGUGGGGAGGCUGGUUUCAGUGCGGCCCACUCACAGUUCUCUUUUUCAUUCCGAUUCCUGUUUAUCAACGCCUCUCGCCUCUUUCAGAGCUCAGUUGAUGAAACGCCCAGUUCAUUUACCGUAAGUACUGCCCACUGUGGCGAAGAAGACGAAGACGACGAGGAGGAUGAGGAUGUGCCUGACGAGUGCAUCAGUAGUGAACCAUAUACCACUGUGAAUCCAUCUUCAGUAAAAAGUGCGAUCUCCGAAGUCAGCGAUGAGGAUCCUGGUAAGAAGCCAUGGGGGCGGUCCUCGUUCUGUCGCCUCGAACCAAUAGCUUCGCUUUUCCACAACCCACUUGAGGCCACAGUUACGAUCCCUGGGGUGGAACAAGAGGAGGAGGAGGAGGAGGAAAAACCGCCUGCGGUCCCUUCGCGUCCCCCUUCGGUCUGUGAGGUUGUAACCGCUUAA